AUGUUCGAUUUCGUCGGCCUGUACUCCCGGAUCUCGCUGGCGCUCAAAAAGUUCGUGCGGGACGGACCUGACCCGGUCGGGCGAGGGCGCCGGGGUCCAGGCGGAGGCCGUGCCUAUGGUGUCGCUCUCGCUGCUGGAGUCCCUGGACGUGCUCACCUCGCGCGUGCACGACGCCAUCUCCACCGCGACGUCCACCGAGGACGUUCGCGCCCACAGCGACGCGCGGGAGGCCCGCAGGGAGUGGGCGGACUUCACCGACCGCUGCUGGCUGUAC